GAGAGAGAGUGUUUCGUCAAAGCUGACAGUUUCUUCUCCACCCACAAGGCUUCUGGUUUCGUGCCAUUUUUCAUGGCCGUAUAGGAGGGUAUUGGGAGGAAGAGAGCACAACCUUAUGCUUGUUUUGCCAUUCUGUCAGCAGUUGGGUGGGUGGGUUGGUCUUCUUCCAUUAUAGUUUGAUCGAGAAGUUGAAUUCUGUGAUGGCUCGCGAGUGGUUGCGAUGGAUCGCCGUGAUGAGGACGGAGGCAAGAGAAGUUGUUCCCCAAUAGCGAGGAGAUUGCAAAAAUCUAUGCGAGAAGGAGGAGGGGGGGGAUGGACGAAGUGCCUGGCUCGGUGGGAACAAGCGCAGGUUUUGCUCUGAGAUUGGGCCAGACCGUCUUCUCUUCUGCUUCUCUUCUCUUCAUGUCUCUCGGCGUUCAGUUCUACAGCUACACCGCUUUCUGCUACUUGGUCACAAUCAUGGGUUUAAACAUACCGUGGAGCUUUACCUUGGCAUUGGUGGACGGAUACUCCGUCCUGGUUAAGUGCCCGCUCCGACAACCUGGAAUUCUACUCAUCAUCGUAAUUGGAGACUGGGUGCUGUCCACUCUCACACUAGCGGCGGCUAGCUCGACGGCUAGCGUCGUGGAUCUGCUGGUGCAGGCCGAUGGGCCUUACUGCCCGCCAAAGUUUUGCAGUAGAUAUCAAAUAUCGGCAGCCAUGGCCUUCUUGUCCUGGUUUUUGUCCCUCGCUUCGUCACUCUUCAACCUCUGGUUGCUCCCAGCUUUGUGAAUUCUUUGGCUCUCAAGAUUUUGCAGAGUUCACUGGACAUGUUCCGUGACAAUCUCACAAGUGGAUGGUGUUUAGGAUUCAUGUUCACAGAAAAAGAGAUCUCUUGCUAUACUGUAACGGAAAUCAUAGCAUCGAGCGUGCAAUUGUAGAGCAGAAAGUUACUCUCGGAGCUUAAUAUUCUCCAGAUCAUUGUGCAAAAUAUACAUAGUUCUUCCUAGUUUUAUCGUCAGGAACUGCAAAUGCAAUUCUUUCAUAGUCUACAAAGGUUUUAGUGUAGAGUCUCUGU